GUAUCGUCACAUUUUUACGGAACUUUGCAGUCUGUAUCAACUCUCCUACAAGGACCAUGCCGCCUAAAGCUAGUGGUAAAGCCGUGAAGAAGGCAGGAAAGGCGCAGAAAAACAUCACCAAGAGUGAUAAAAAGAAGAAGCGCAAGAGGAAGGAGAGCUAUGCUAUCUACAUCUACAAAGUCUUGAAACAAGUUCAUCCCGAUACUGGAGUUUCAAGCAAAGCCAUGAGCAUCAUGAACUCUUUUGUCAACGAUAUCUUCGAAAGAAUUGCUGCUGAAGCUUCCCGAUUGGCUCACUACAAUAAACGCUCCACGAUCACUUCUCGAGAAAUUCAGACUGCUGUCCGUCUUUUACUUCCUGGAGAGUUAGCUAAACACGCUGUUUCUGAAGGUACCAAAGCUGUCACUAAAUACACUAGCUCAAAGUAAAGUGGCACCCUCCUGAAAACAAUCGGCCCUUUUCAGGGCCACCAAA